UUUAAAAUUCAUAUAAUCCAUAAUCAUCAACAUUCAAACAAACAAACAUGGCUAGAACAUUAUUAUCAAGAUUUGGUUCGAAAAAAGAUCUAUCAUCAAAUCAAUCAGAAUUUCAAUGUGCCAUAAGGCUAUUGGAUGAUGAAGAAGUAUUGCAGACUAGUUUUCAGCGUGAACAAAAAGGUCAAUUUCUGUUGGAUUAUGCAUUUAAAACAUUAAAUCUUUUGGAAAAAGAUUACUUUGGUUUACGUUUUGUUGAUGCCAAUAAUCUAAGGGUAUGGCUAGAUCCAACACGUUCGAUAUUGAAACAAGUUAAAAAUCUAAAUCCAAUCAUAUUCUGUUUUCGUGUCAAAUUUUAUCCGGCUAAUCCGAUAUUAUUGAAAGAUGAGCUAACACGUUAUUAUCUUUAUCUACAAUUACGACGUGAUUUAUUGAAUCGUCGUCUUUAUUGUCUUCCUGCCGAUGCAAUCUAUUUGAUGGCUUGUGUUGUACAAUCUGAAUUAGGUGAUUAUAAUGAUGCUGAACAUAAAGAAAAUUAUGUAUCAACAUUCAAAAUUAUACCGAAUCAGAAUGAAAAAAUUGAAUUGGAAACCAUCGAGAUACAUAUGAAUGAAAUGAAAUCAUUAACACCUGCAGAUGCUGAACUACAAUUUCUUGAACGUGCAUCCAAAUUAGAAACAUAUGGUAUUGAUCCAUAUCCAGUGAAAGAUCAUAAAAAAAUCCAAUACUUAAUUGGUAUCAAUCAUUCCGGUAUAUUAAGUUUUCAAGGCAACAAAAAAGUAUAUCAUUUUAAAUGGAAUGAAUUGCAAAAAAUUACCUAUGAAGGUAAAAUGUUCAUUCUUCAUCAUUAUUCUGGCGGUAAAAAGAAUCUUGUUGGAUUUAAAUGUCCAAAUGUUUCUGCAUGUCAGAAUUUAUGGCGUUCAGCCGUUGAACAACGAUAUUUUUUCACAAUGAAUUCAUCGGAUGAUAUUCCAACCAUAACGACUGGUGGUGGUUUAUUUUCCAAACAAUGUAAACUUCGUUAUAGUGGCCGUGUUGAAAGAGAAAUUAUUGAAGAUAUGAAAAAACUACCUGCAACAACAACAACAACAACGGCAACGGCAACAUCGACAAUAAAUCGUCGUCAUUCAAUGAAUACGAUGCCAAUGUCUAUGCGUUCAUUUGGCCGUUCAAAUACGGCACCAUUACCGGAUGAUGGAUCACCAAAUAAAUUUCAAUCAAGUUUUAAUGAUGAUAAAAAUCCUUAUCUAAAUUAUUCAAUAGUAUCGGAACCAGAAAAUUAUGGUAGCCAUAAAGAUGGUACAUUUCAACCAAAUUGUUCAAUGAUUGUUGAACCAAUGAAUGAAGAUUAUGAAAAUAAUCAUCCAUCAUUACAACAACGUAUUAUUGGAUUAUCAUCAACAACAAAUCCAUGUUUACCAACUGAAUUUGAUAUGCGGCCAGAUGUAACGCCAACUGGUGAUGAACCAAAUACAAUAUCAUUUGAAACACCAAUGGUACGAUCAUCACCAUCACAAUUAUCAACAUCCAUACAUCAACAACUACAACAACAACAACAACAGAAAAGUUCUGAAGAAGAAACAACAACAAAUGAUUCAGAUGAAACAUUAGAACAAGUAAGCGAAAUUGUUGAUCAAACACCAUCAACAUAUCAACAGCCAUAUAUGACUACUGCUACUGGUAAACAUAUGAAACAUUUAAAUAAAAAUGAUGAUGAAUCGAAAAAUAACAAUAUCAUCAUCAAUAAUAAUAAUAAUAAUAACAGUAGUAGCAUCAGCAACAACAACAACAACAACAACAACAACAUGAAAAAUAUGGAUAAAUUAAAUCAAUUGACAAAACGACAAAAAACAUCAAAAAUAUCAUGUGGCAAAAAAUUAUGCAUAAUGUUAUUCACAUCAUUAUUAAGUGCAUUGAUUAUAUUCAUAUUGAUUACUGGAUUUUUAAUCAUCAUACUUGAAACCGAUACAGAAAUGUUUAUUGGUUUACGUAAACUGCCUGAAAUGGUGAUAUUUCAACGAGAUUAUUAUCAACCAAUCAAAGAGAAUAUCAUACAAUCAAUUAAUUCAAUGAAUUUAUGAAUGAAUGAACAUUGUCGAUCAUAAUCAAAUUAUUAUAUCGAUCCUCAAUGUUGAUUAUUAUUAAACAAAUAAUACCCGAUAAUAAUAGCACAACGACAACACAACAAACACACACACACACACACAUUCCCCCAAAAGUAUUAAAGAGAACAGAAAAACCGAUUUUUUAAAAUUCCCGGUAAAAUUUUAAUCUUAAUCAUCAUCAUCAUCAUCAUUAUUAUUUUGACUGAAAC